UGCUGAUGUUAAUGUUAACCUCAGUUUUUCGAAAUAAGAUUUAUUUUUUGAUGAGAGGCAAUUUUGAAAUUAUAUAAUAUGAAAAAAUAAAAUGGUUUCACUAAAAAAACUAUUUUUGAAAUAUGGGAAUCAUGUUAUUCAAAACACUCGAACAAAACAUUGUUGGAUAAUUCCGAAAGGUUUGGACAUUGGUGCAAAAGUUUAUAAUUGUGUAACAAAAAGAAAAGAACCCGUGAUUAUAAGAAAUAAACAACUAGUUACAUGGUAUACAUGCGGGCCUACCGUUUACGAUUCAUCUCAUAUGGGACAUGCAAGUUGUUAUGUUAAAAUAGAUAUUAUACAAAACAUAUUGAAAAACUAUUUCAAUUGUAAUCUUGUAACCGUAAUGAAUAUAACGGAUAUCGAUGACAAAAUCAUCAAGAAAGCAAACGAUUCCAAAUGCGCAUACAAGGAAAUAGCAGAAAAAUAUGAAAAAGAAUUUUGGGAUGAUCUAAAAGAUCUUGGAAUCAACAAACCCAACAUUGUUCUUAGAGUAACUAACCACAUCAGUUUGAUUAUCGAUUUCGUAAAAAAACUGGAAGAAAAUGGCCAAGCUUAUAAAGGAAGUGAUAAUUCCGUAUACUUCAGUGUAGAAAAGUUCCAACAUUAUGGGAAAUUGCACAACAUUUCCUUGUCAAGUACAGACCAAGAGAGUAAUGUGAAAAAAUCUAACUUAGAUUUUGCUUUGUGGAAAAAUAGUAAGGAAGGUGAACCAUUUUGGAAUAGCCCUUGGGGUAAAGGAAGGCCAGGCUGGCAUAUAGAGUGUUCAGCCCUCGCAUCCCAUUUUCUAGGUAAAAGUAUUGAUUUUCAUGCUGGAGGAAUUGAUUUGAGAUUUCCUCAUCAUGAAAAUGAGGAGGCACAAUCUUGCGCACUUCAUAAAACUUGUCAGUGGGUAAACUACUGGUUGCACACUGGUCACCUCAAUGUUUGCCCUUCCGAGAAAAUGUCCAAAUCUCUAGGGAAUACAAUAUUGAUUCGGGAUAUGCUGAAAAAAACUUCUGCUGACAUAUUUAGAAUGGCUUGCAUCAUGUCACCCUAUCAAAACCAUAUGGAGUAUAGUUCUGAAUUACUAAUUACAGCUGAAAAUAUUUACAACACAUACAAAAACUUCUUCGUCUCAUGUGAUGCAUAUGAGAAAGGUUAUUUGAAAGGCACAGUGAACAGUGAUAUAUUAAAUGAACUAUUAUGUCAAUCUGUGGCUAAAGUACAUAUUGCAUUGUGCGAUAAUUUUGAUACUCCUUCUGUCAUCAAAAUAUUGAAUGAAUUAGUUUCAGUUACAAAUGCCAUGAUGCACACCACAGCAUCAUCGGAUAUUUCUUAUAGUUUAACGUCGGUGUGUGCCGUAAAAAAUUACUUAUUGAAUAUCUUAAAUUUAUUUGGAUUAAACUUUGAUAUGAAAAGUACUAUGUCAGAACAUUUCACGGAAGUGCUAGACAUUCUGAACAAUUUCAGACAAGAUGUUCGAACUAUUGGUUUAAGUGAAAAAAAUAGCAAUAUUUUGAAGCUUUGUGAUAAUGUAAGAGACGGUAUCAAGAAACAUGGUGUUAUAAUUAAAGACCAUGGAAAGAUAUCAUCCUGGAGUGUUUAGAAACAUAUUGAGAACAAACGGUUACAAAGAUGCUAAUUUGUAAAGAAAACAAAUUAAUGUGAUCCGAAAUGAAAAUUAUGGAUGGAUUGACCCGUUACUUGAUAAAAAUUAAUAACAUUCUUCAUGAUAAUAAUUCAACAAUUUUCACAAUCAUUUUUCAUUUCUAUAUGUGAUUUGCUAAUACUGUAGUUUCCUCAGUAGAAUUGAAUAUUACACACUGGGCUACAAUUCCUAUGUACAACAGUAGUAGGUACCUAACUUAAUUGGUUAAUAGUAAAUGAGAUAACAGAUAGAAUUUGUACAACAAUUACAAUCUCAGUUCUUGGACAGCAGGUUUAUUUUUUAAUUAUGAAUAAAAUGAUUGGCAUUAUGAAAAAAGGUUCAACAAUGUUGAAUGGUCAACACCAUGUUGGUUGUUCAACAGGGAACUCAAACUCUCACCCAUAUUAAUUUCCAGAGCAACAGGUUCAACUUCUGUUCCUUACCCUCUACUUGGAGUAUGUCGUGCCUAGUAUUGAAAUCGUGAUCAUUCUCCAAAAGGUGGCACCCAUAGGUGGAAUUAAUAUUUUUCUCAGUUCAAAACUUCUUUUAUGUUCGGAGAUUCUCAUUUCAAAAUUUCUUGAAAGUCUUUCCUACUUACACUUUUGGGCAUGAUUUGCAUGUUAGUUUGUAGACACCUGAUCUUUUAUCUUUGUCUAUACUUGACUUCUUGUCUAUCCAAGAAGUUGAUAUUUUGGUCAAUUAGUUUUCAUUUUAUCUGGUGUUUUACGGUAUAUGUGAGUGUCUUAAAGGUAUUAUAUUUUAUGUGAGGGUAUACUUGGUUAACAGCUUGUUUGAAAAAAAAUGUAUCAUGGAUAUGAUUAAUUACAUUAAGGUUGCAGUUGUUAUUCAUUGCAAUUUGUUUUUGUCAGAUUCAAUUCCUCAAUAAAAUUCUUUGUGGA